AUGGUGAAGGUCCCGCUGACGCAGACUCUGCUUCUGCUGUUGUUCCUGCCGGUCUCCGCCGGUACCGGACCGGACCCUGACCGCGGCAGAACCGAGCUGCGGCGCGUGCAGAGCCUCGCCGCUCAGCCCCGGUAUGGAGACUGCUGGGCGCGUGCUCUGGAGCACCUGGACACGCGCUGCCGGGACAUGACGUCAGAGAGCCAGAGCCGCAUCGCGCUGAGGUUCACGCACUGUCACCUGAGCAGCUCUGGCAGAGAUUUCCCAUCAUGUCCUGAGGGGUCCGACGUCCGCAGGUGUACAGCCAGCAUGGACGCUGUGGCGUUUAACACCUACACAGAGUUCUUCACCCACACUCACUCCAUCUGUCACUUCCUGCAGUCUGAGGCCUGGCAGAGCCGAGCAGAGAACACCAUGCACAGGCUGACAGAGAGUUCAGCGGGUGUAGCAGAGCAGCUGCAGUCCACCAGGCAGAUGGCAGAGGACCUGAUAGAAGCCCAAAGUGCGGCCUUACAGGCACAACAGGAGAUCCUGGACAACGGAGAGGAGCUGAGAGUCACCCUGAGAGACUCAACCCAGGGCCUUAGGUCUAUUUUCUUGGAGCUCAGCAGUGUCUCCAGGGAGCAGCAGGUGGCGCUGUCUGAGCUCUUCAACAGAGUGUCCUUCCUGCAGAGCUUCCUGAUGGUGGAGGCUCACAGUAUGAGCUCCUGUCUGUACAACGCAGCUGCACUCUGCGCCUCCUUCCUCCUCACCUCCACACAGCGCUCCUCUAGAGCCAGGUUGAUGCUGUUGGGUCUGGUCUGCUUAAACUUCUACUUAGAGAGGAAGAUCUACCAGUUUGUGUUGAGCUCUGAUCAUCCUGAACACCAACACAUGGAGCUGGUCAGUGUGUAUGUGAGUGUGUUGCGACAAGUCAUGGUGUUUAUAGGAGUGUGUGUUCUGCUACGAGCGUGUGUUCGGUACCAAGACCCGGUCCAGGAGGUUCUACAGCAGCUCAGAGAAACCCAGAACAGCCUGCAGGAGGCGCUGCAGCACGCAGGUGAGUUCUGCCUGAUCCACAUGGACCAGUACCUGACCCACGUGGACCGGUACCUGAUUCAGAUGGACCAGUGCCUGACUCAGAUGGACCAGUGCCUGACUCAGAUGGACCAGUACCUGAUCCACAUGGACCAGUACCUGAUUCAGAUAGACCAGUACCCAUCUCACAUCUCUGAUUAG